UUUAUAUUCUUUUGCAUAUUCGUGAUUUGACAUUUAGUGACAAUUCAUUUCCAAAUGUAGUCGAUUUUCAUAAAAUAAUUAAUAUCCGUGCCAUGAUAAAAACAUCAAUACCACACUUCUAUUUCUGUAAGAGAUCCCUCGAUGUUUAGAACAAGGGAAUGUUAAGUUUUCUAACGAGCUUCAUAAUUAGAGUUAGUGCAAAAUAAAAAUAAGUGCCGAAGAUGACUCUUGCCGAGUUUUUUAGUUGUUCUUUGCUAGCCUUCGGGCCCCCUCUUGUAAUGUUCGCUUUUACUAUAGCCAAUGAUCCGAUAAGAAUCAUUAUAAUGAUAGCAGCAGCGUUCGGUUGGCUUGUAUCAUUUCUAAUUUCAUCUCUCAUUUGGUACGCAGUAGUUCCACUACGGUCGUAUUUAGCUUUCGGGAUGGUGUUUGCGAUAAUUAUACAGGAAGGUUUUCGGUAUGGAAUGUACUUACUUCUGAGAGGAACGGAAGCUGGUCUCAAGGUGAUAUCCGAGAACCAAGAGGUCGGAAAUAAUAAGCUAGAGAUGGCGUAUGUUUCUGGAUUAGGAUUUGGCACCAUGAGUGGAGCUUUUGCCCUAGUUAAUGUACUCGCAGAUUCUUUGGGACCAGGCUCUCUCGGCUUGCACGGUGGUACAGAAUACUUCUUUGUCACAAGUGCGGCAAUGACCCUUUGCAUGACGCUGUUAAAUACAUUCUGGAGUGUCAUCUUUUUCAGCGGAUUAGACAAUAAGAACUAUCUGAAGAUACUGUGGGUCGUCGGCUCACAUUUCUUUGUGUCGGGACUCAGUUUACUCAAUAAGAAAGAAUUGUACAUUGCUACUAUUUUACCAUCAUACGUUAUACUUAUAAUCACCGCAGUAAUAGCGUUUCGAUGUGCGGGAGGCACAAAACAAGGUCUACUUCAAAGCUUUACUGGUAGAACAUAAUUUAGUAAAAUUAAUGAAGAAGGAUACAUGACACUUGCUUGAAAAGUCAAUAUCUCAAACUAA